AUGGCUCUUCUCACGUUCGCACGCGUCAUCAUCCCCGGCUUCAUCCUUCUGGGCGUCCAGUGUCUGCACAUCUUUGGUGAAGCAAAUGGAACAUUUCCCCAGAUCAUAUCGUUUCGAGACAAGCGACAACUACCAACUCCUACAAGUAGUGGCACAAACACUAGUACCUUCCCUGAGAGCUUCACAGGAUUCGAUCCCCCCGACGGACUAUUGUCGACGUUGGUCGUGUUCUUCUGGCCGUUGGUGGAUGGGAGCAGCCCUGAUGCAAGUCUGAUAAGUUUCCUCUUCGCCGGCCAGGCUGUGGCGCUUUUGACGGCCAUCGCUUUGGAGGCUUCGAGGACCGCAAACCAUUCCCGGAUUGUCAGCUUCACCACAGUCUACGGAAUCUUGUUCCAGUCGAUCGGCGCCGGCGUGAUUGCCCCAUCGUACCUGACAAUCUAUCUAUUCACCUCACCUCUAGUCACUUCAACCGCCGCGCUGACGCCUCUCGCGUUGUCCAUUAAUGAAGGCAUUCUGGCCGCCCACCCCUUUGGCGUAUUGAUCGGGUAUAUCGUUCCCACAAUCCUCAUGGCACUCCCCGCCCCGGAGAUCAUAUCGCAAAACUCCAAAGUCACGGCGAUUGUCGUCUGGCAAUUCUUUCCCGUGUGGACCAGCAUUUGUACGUUCAUGGGGAAAGUGGCUUUCGCAUCCACCAAGCCAUAUGCGAGCCAGUCGGACGCCCUCCGCCGACAAAUAGCAUGCCUGAGGACUGUCUACAAGCUCGCGCUGGCCAUCAGUGUCCCUGCUCACAUCGCCACAUGGACGCUUUCCUUCUCUACGGUGCUGUUCCCGGGUUUGUUCGAGGCGCAUACUGUGGAAGCCUUCCAUCCAUCGAACGUAAUCAUACCGCCGAAUCCAUUUGGAGCCAUCAAGGCCGAAAGUGUGGCGCAGGGUGCACACUGGUUCCUGCAGUACGACUACCUUAUCACUUCGCUGGUUUACUUGAUUUGGGCGAUGGUGUCUAGGUAUGGUCAGAAUGUGAAGUGCGUGAGGAGCGAGACGCGCAGAUUCGGAAUCGGAAGUAUCCUCGACGUCACUGCGAGAUGCGUGGUCCUAGGUCCGAUGGCCACGGCAUUGACCCUGCUGUGGGAUCGCGACGAGAUCGGCUUCGCUUCUGUAGACACGAAGGCGAUCAAGAAGACAGCAUGA